UGCACCCGCGAAACCCCAUCAAAACAUCGCCUUUUCGCCGGAAUCCAUGUGCUCCAUCUUCGAUCCGAGCGCCGUCCGCCACCAAUCAUACGAUCGCAAGCAGAAGUCUCUCGGCCUCCUUUGCUCCAACUUCGUGAAGCUGUAUGAUCGAGAGGGCGUUGAUACGGUGGGUUUGGAUGAUGCGGCUAGGCAGCUGGGGGUGGAGCGGAGGCGGAUCUAUGACAUUGUUAAUGUUUUGGAGAGUGUGGGGAUCCUUGCUAAGGUGGGGAAGAAUCGGUAUUCCUGGAUAGGGUUUUCGGGGAUUCCUGAUACCUUGCACGAGCUCAAGGAGGAAGCAUUGAGGGAAAUGCCGGGUUCUGCUGUGGAUCUUGCUAGCUUAGAGCCAGAAGGGUUGGAUGAUGUGGGUGAUCAAAACCCAAAAAGUUCUCAGAAAUUUUUAGGUUCCAAGAGUUUGGAAAGUUUGGAAGAGAAAAAAGCAAGCUUGACUCCUUCAUGCUGCACUACCAGUUCAUCAAUUACUUCCAAAUCAGUAACUAACGACAACAAGAAAGAGAAAUCACUCGGUCAGCUCACCCAGAAUUUUGUCAAGUUGUUCCUCAUAAGUAAUGCUGAUACAAUAUCCCUUGAUGAAGCUGCCAAGAUGCUACUAGGCGAUGGUCAGGAUUCAUCCCAAAUUAAAAUGAGCAAUAAUGCCGCUAAGGUUAGGCGACUAUAUGACAUAGCAAAUGUGUUGUCUUCAGUGAAUCUUAUUGAGAAGACACAACAACCGGAGAAUAAGAAACCUGCAUUUAGGUGGUUGGGAUAUCCGAAAACCGAUAACAAAGUGGAGGUUGCUACACCAGAGGCCAAAACUAAAUCUAAAAGAGUGUUUGGAACUGAUAUUACGACAAAAGCGGACUUCAGUAGGAACAAAACACUAUCCAUGGAAGAGAAGAAGCACGGUGGUCCGCAAAUGACAGAAAAAGACCCGAAGGAUUGCAAUCCAGUCAAGCGAAGGAAAUUACAAAGCAUGAAAGACUAUGAUUUUGGACCUUUCUCACCUGUUAAAGUGGCAAAAGAAAGUAGCCACACACAGAAUAAAAAUGAAGGAGCUGAGAAUUUGGAGAAUUUGACUUCCUGUUUGCGACCUCAAUAUAAAAACCCAGGUCUGAAUUCCUUAUUCAUGCAUUAUUUCCAAGCUUGGGAGUCAUGGCACAAAGAAAGCACAGAGAUCAAUCAUAAAAAUCCCUUCUCUGAGUUUCCAGGGGAUUGAUUACUGUUCUUGAACACUGAACAAAGAUGAUUGUUUAUGAAAAUUUUUCUUGUGUUUUGUGUAUUGCGUGUAGUUGUUUGUCUGUUAAUCCUUGUAUUAAUCACUGUACUCUUCAAGAAGUAUAUGAUGAAAUAAGUUGAU